UUGAUAGAAGUAUUCCUGGAUAUGAAAGAUAUUCGAUGACAGGCGACGCCAACACAGGAACACAUAAUUUACGGAUAUCUAAAGCCAAGAGUGAAGACGGAGGAGAAUACCAGUGCCAGGUCGGACCCGGAGCUGGUGGUAAUCAACCGAUAAGAGCCACAACCAAACUGACAGUUUUGAUCCCUCCGACGUCCAUUGAAAUCACCGGACACUCAAACCAGACUCAGUUUGAGGUGAAAGAUGGACAGACAAUGGACUUGGAGUGUGUGGUCACUGGAGGCAAACCGUCCGCACAAAUCAAAUGGUUUCGCAAGAAUAUUGAAUUGAGAACUGACAACGUGACUGUGCGUACAAUACCGGCCGGUUCUAUGGACAACGAGUUAUCGACCGGCGGUCAUCACUCAUCGGACUCCAUCUCAGUGUCGGUGUCGACCAUUACAGUCAGACCUCACGCCGAAGAUAAUGGUGUGAUGUAUACGUGCGAAGCCAUUCACACUGCCUUAUCAGCGCCUCUCAGACAUUCGCUCACAUUAUCUGUUUUAUAUCCGCCCGGUCCGCCAGAAAUCACGGGCUAUACGGAGGGCGAGACCGUGCGAAUGGGUGAUACACUAACGCUGGUCUGCAAAUCAAUUGGUGGCAAUCCUUUGGCACAAUUGGUUUGGUAUAAGAACGACGAAGAGGUGGACUUCUCGUUCACAACCACUGCCAACAAACAGUCGGCCAAUUCUCACACCUUUGUGGUCGACGCGUCCGACAACAACGCCGUCUACCGAUGCGUCGCCUCUUCGACCAUCACUCAGACACCGAUGGUGUCGGAGAUCAAACUGCAGGUGCACUUCGCGCCCGCAAAGGUCUACAUCAACGGCACCAAAGAGGCCAAAGCGGGCGACACCGUAACCAUGACCUGUCGUACUGAACGCAGUAAUCCUCCAUCAGAGCUGAGUUGGGUGGUUGACGGCCGACCCGUCACCGCCACCAACACCAUUGUCGCCGAUCCGGCCGGCGGUUGGAUCAGUUCGGCUAACGUUACGGUUGUGGUCACCCCUCAGGACAGGAAUAUGAAAAUGUUGUCGUGUUAUGCCAUUAAUCAGGCGUUGGGCGAGACUAUAGUGGAGACAUCAGUGCUCAGUAUUCUCUAUCCUCCCGAUCCGCCCAAUAUAUUUGGUUACACUGAAGGCAACUCAAUACGUGCCGGCGCUCUACAGCGGCUCACCUGUGUCUGCAACGGCGGUAACCCUCUCUGCACUCUCAAGUGGUUUAAGGGCGACACCGAAGUCACUCAAGCGACUCAAGUGACCACUAAUGGCAACGUUGUCUCCAACGAAAUUGCGAUUAUAACCAAAGACAGUGAUAAUGGGGCUCAAUAUCGGUGCGAAGCGAGCAAUUCGGCCACAACUGUUCCAUUGGUGGCCACCGUUCAGCUCACUGUUCACUUUCCGCCGUCUGGCGUAUACAAUUUCUACUCGGGUUUUCUCGGGUUUAGGCCCUCAGUUCACCUUUACCACACGCUCUGCCCGUCGAGAUUGGGCCUUAGCCACCAGUGCACCACCUCCCUACCGAAGGAGGAGUUACCUGUAGUCCUUGGGAUCAUUGACGGCCUCUACGGAGGAAAGACUACUCGAAAUAUAUUGCGGCUAAACGUGACCAGCGAUGACGACGGCGCUGUCCUCACGUGUCAAGCCACGAAUCGUGUUCUCCAGCAGUCAGUACACGACGCGACAACUCUUAGCAUUCAAUUCGCCCCUGAAUUCCUAACCUCUCCGUUGACUCAAUUCGAUAUAACCGAAGGCCAGUCCUCUUUGAUAAACCUCACGGCCAGAGGAAAUCCCUCACAUAUUCAGUACAAGUGGUCGCGACAGCCGGACACUGGCUCUACCGGUGACACCACUACUGGCGCUCCCAUUGACUCGACUCGUCUCCAGACCGAAGGACCCGUUCUUAACAUUAGUCAAGCGCUGAGAAGUGAUUCCGGAGUUUACAAACUUUUUGCUCAAAACGAUUUGGGAUUCAGCGAAACGGCCAUUAAGAUCAACGUUCACUUUGGGAGUUUUAAUCGCAAACUAUUGCCAUUAUUCCCCUCAGACUCGGCACAGAUACUCAAAGUAAGCGACCUCGUGAUGGUGGACGAGUGGUCCAACGCCUACCUCGAGUGCACAGUCGACGCCAACCCGACCACCGACACGACUAUCACGUGGCGGCGCAAAGUCCGCAAUGAGUCCGACACCGCUCUCAUCACACAAGAGAUCGAUUCGAUGCGAAUGCGGACAACAGUCGACACGAUUGACAGCUCCGGACUCAGCGGACAGACGGGAACCGUAUUGAAGGGCACUCUCGUUAUCUACAACACGAGUUUAGAGGACUCGGGCCAGCAGUUUGAGUGCGUGGCCAACAAUGGUGUGGGCGAUGGCGACACAGCGAUCGCCACAUUACUUGUGUUGCACAAACCAAUAAUAGACAGAUCGCCCAUAAUAUCAAAGUCUGCCACCGAUAACGGAUCCAAUGGUCUACUGAUUUGCAGAGCACAGGCGGCCCCUAACGUGACGUUCACGUGGACCAGAGAGGGACAGAUAUUGCAGACAAUGACCAAAGCUGUGGGCGCUGUGUCUGGAGAUACGGCCGACAAACAGAAGAAAGGGUCGGAAACUGUCGACAAAGACAUUAAAUAUAUGAUCGAAACGACCCAACAGUUGGAUUUAGUGACUUAUCAGAGCGUUCUCGUCAUUUUGGACGUCCAGAGCCAGGACUACGGCGCCUACCAGUGCUUAGCCCGCAAUGAUCUGGGCUUUGAUGCCAUUACCAUACAAUUGAAUCGCACUUCAAAACCAGAUCCACCGCUCGCUCUGCGAGUGAUUAACAUAACCGAGUCGUCAGUACAGCUCCGGUGGAUACCGGGCUUUGACGGCGGUUUGGGUCAGGACUUUAGGCUCCGUUAUAGACCCACAUUGAACUCCGAUCCGUCCUUUUCAUACAAAGAUGUGUUUCCGACAAAUUCAACACAAAUAGUGAUGACUGGUCUGAACGAAGACACCGAAUAUGUAUUCGGCGUUCAGGCCAUCAAUUCGUUGGGUCAGUCGGACUUCACCAGUGAUGUCGUCAAAGCAAAGACACUCAAAGAAACUCCGGUCACAGAAACGGAAAAAAUAAUAUCGAAAAUAAUGAACGAAAGGGCCGGCGAUUUGCCUAAAUUGAUAUUAAUUGUAUCAGUUGUGGGCAGUUCUCUACUCCUAUUCAAUAUCGUAUUAGUCGUUUGUUUCGUACGAAAGCGUAGGAGAAAGCGCUACGAAGAGGAGAGCGACGGAACCGAUAGUAAGACAACAGGCAGUUCGAAGACGACAAUGGAGAUGUACCAGAGCUCCAACAGCACCGGCUAUCACAAGGAAAACAAUGAGACCUCUCUUAGCGAAGACGACGAGAACAAGAGUCAAACUCAUGAUAAUUAUUCCGGACAUACAGACUAUGAAAUGGAAAUAAGUCCGUCAGGAGUUGUGACCACACAUUCGCACGGAAUCAGCACUUAUUUGAUUGACGACGCGAUAGCGCCCUCUCAGCACUACCCGACCACUCGGUUCACGAGUCUCGUGAGUCCAGUGGGUCCGGACCUGACGACCAACACCUACUUCAUUGAUCGUCAGAGCGAUGAAUACGCGUCUGCCUUAAGAAAAAAUGCUUACAAUCAACAGUUGGCGGUCAGUCCGGGCAGUGUCUCGCCGUCGCCGCUGCCAUCGCUGCAGCCCUUGACUAUUAGUCUGUCCAACAGUCAGUCCCCCAUAAAUCAUGUCAAUUAUAUGGGCCCUCGUGUUGGCGAUCAUCACUUAUCACAGCCUCAGUCGCCGACUUCACAUCAAUAUCAACAACAACUACACCACCAAACGGUGCCUCCAUUGCCACCGCUGCGAAGUCUGGGUGCCGUCGGUGUCCCACCAAAUAUGACCACAUUCUUGCCGGCCAUCAAUGAGGAGCCGCACCUCACGUACGCACCGAUGGGUCACUUAGUAUAGCAUUCAACAAAUAUUCACAAUUUUUAUUAUUAAUUUUUCAAACAUUUGUUUUAUUUGACAAUUCAUUUGUUAACGAUAU